CGAAUUCCAGCCGCUUUGGAUACCUCUACAAUUGUCUAGCUUGGCGGACUGAGCGGCCCGGACUAUGGCCCACAAGGUGAUGAGACUCUUUUCAUGCUACAUGAGAGGAGCCUACCUUGAGGAAUUUCCUACCUGUGAUUAGACGGAAACGGUCCUGUCCUAUACAAAAACAUGUCGGCAGCCCUCAGCCUGCACAUAUAUCGUGUUCAAUUUUGAAGGGGCGGUUGAAGUCUUGUUGCCUUGAGCAGUGCCAUUGUCAUCAUGGCCAAUUUCCUCCUUCUUUUGGUUGCUCUUCUAUUUCAGUUGCAAUUAUCCCUUCAACAAGAAUGCAGUGCUUCGAGUUUGUGUCCGAUAGGAUGCUGUUCCAGUGCCGGGCAUUGCGGCUUUGGUCCUGAUUUCUGCGGGGCCGGAUGCCAGAGCGGAUGUGAUCGCAAGGCGGACUGCAACCCGGGAACGUGGAACUCUACCAAAUGGAGCAAGUCGGAGAAGUGUCCUCUAAACGUCUGCUGCAGCAAGUACGGCUUCUGUGGAACUACCGAGAAAUUUUGUGAGGGCAACCCGGUGAAGCGGCCAUUGUGCAGUGUCGACAGCGUGCCCAUCACGCGCGUCAUUGGCUACUAUGAGGCCUGGUCAACGACAAACCGUCCUUGCUACGGGAUGUUGCCCGAACAGAUUCCGUACGGCUAUUACACCGAUAUCAUCUUUUCCUUCGCCACCAUUGAUCCCAACUCGUUUGAGAUCAAGGCGGGUGACUCGAAAACGGCCGAUUACAUGCAGCGUAUUAGUGCCAUUAAGCUCAUUCAGCCUGACAUCCGGAUCUGGAUAGCUGUGGGAGGCUGGGCCUUCAAUGACCCCGGCCCAACGCAGACGACAUUCAGCGACAUCGCUGCGUCUUCAGCCAACACCAAAACGUUCAUCGACUCUCUUGUGAAAUUGAUGAACAAGUAUGGCUUUGAUGGCAUUGACAUCGACUGGGAGUAUCCAGUUGCCGAGGACCGCAACGGUAGAGGCAUCGACUACAAAAACUUUGUGACCUUCCAAAAGGCACUGUACGACAGGAUGAAAGGCGGCGGCUUGAAGAAGCAGGUUUCAUUGACUCUCCCUGCCAGCUACUGGUACCUACAACACUUUGACAUUGUCAACCUUGAAAAGUAUGUGGACUGGUUCAACAUCAUGACAUACGAUAUGCAUGGCUCUUGGGACAUCGACAGCAAGUGGACCGGUCCGUUUGCCAACUCACACACCAACAUGACUGAGAUUCAACAAGCACUUGAUCUUUUGUGGCGCAACAACAUCAAGCCUGCCAAAGUCACGUUUGGCAUGGCCUUUUACAGCCGUAGCUUUGCUCUGACCAGCCAAAGCUGUAAUACACCUGGGUGCGCAAUCAGUUCCGGAGGUAAUGCUGGCAAGUGCUCUGGCACGACCGGUGUGCUUCUUCACGCCGAGAUCCAGGAUGAGAUCCGCGCCCGUAAACUGACACCCAUACUUGACCGCGAAGCAGCCGUCAAGAGUGUAUCUUGGGGCGACCAGUGGGUAACCUUUGAUGACGCUGCGACAUGGCGUCUCAAGGCCAACAUCAUCAGGGAUCAAUGUAUCCCAGGCGUUAUGGUUUGGGCCAUGAGCCAGGACGAUAAAGACGGUACCAAUAUCAAAGCCCUGACAUCGUCUGUUGGUCGCAAACAGAUGGCAGCGCCCAACUUGACUAUAAAACAACCCGUCCGCGAUCUUCCACAGCCCGUCAAGACAUGCCGCUGGUCAGGGUGCUAUAGUGGCUGUCCCGACGGUUUCAAGGCGGUGCAGCGUGAUGGCCAUAAGGAGGCCAUGUUGAGCACAGAAAACUGUCUUGACGACGGUAUGUCUUUGUUCUGCUGUCCCUCAGACCAGGACCUGCCCGUCUGCACAUGGCGAGGACACAGGAAUUCGGGAGCUUGCCAACCUGGUUGCAGCAGUGGUGAGGUCUCAAUCGGUUCCCUUCGCGUCGGAUGCAGUUCGCAGCACCAAAGCGCCUGUUGCACAAACGUAGCGUCUACGUCCUCGUACGGGAAAUGCAAAUGGGUCGGGUCGGCGCCAACCUGCAAUAAGGACUGCCCGAGUGACUUCCCGAACAAGAUAGUGUCGACCAACACCGCCGACGGCGGUGAGCAGCCUUGUGUUUCUGGGAACAAGCACUACUGCUGCCAGAACCCUACACCAGCCGACUUUACCAAUUGCGAAUGGGUCAAAAAGGGGAACCCGGCAAAGUUUCCCGGCAACGACUAUAUUUGCGAAGACGUGUGUGGUCCGGACCGAAUCAAGGUGGCCACCGAAGUCACUGGCCUCUAUUCCGGGACAAACAGUGGCUGCAUCGGCGGGGCCUGGGCGUAUUGCUGUAAGCCGCCAGCGGCCUUGGUCCCGCGAGGCGACGAUGAUCCCUAUGGCGGCGUGCAAAAUAAGGAGUUCCAGACGCUGCUGGAAGAUUACAUGCAAAACCCAACAUGUCCAGCCACCGUUCUUUUUUUCGAUCCUGGUGACAUGUUCACCGGAGCUGCGAACCAGAAACGUUCUCUGGAGUUGGAGGCUGCUGAGCACCGCGUCCUCUAUGGAAGAGCUUCCGACUGUAAGCUCGAUCACUACAUAAGGCUCGCACAGUUUGCCGCGCUGAUGCUCACGGCGGCAGAAAUUGUGCUUAAGCAAUUCUCGCUUGUAUGGAACGAUAUUUUUGCCGGCCACUACGACACAGCUCUUGAGGCUGACAACCUACGGGCGUAUUUCAACAGGCACUCAGAUAUUUUGGACCCACAUUCACUCAUCAACUAUGUCCUCCUCAACCCCUUGCGCGCUGGCCCAGGCAUAAGGCAAAAUCAGCGAACGGAGCAAGCAUUUUGUCACCAUGUCGGCACGCAGAGGAAGCGCGACAUCCAGUUGCGGUCUUCCAGCGCGGCUGUCAAACUGGUUAGCCGGUACGUCUGGUGGAUGGAUGCGGGAAAUAACGGGCAGCCCGACAUGGGCGUCAUCCUCGAGGGCAUCUUGAACGGCGAUCUAAGCCCACACUACGCCCGGUGGCAGUGGAUUGACGGAGCGCAGCGGACCGGUCCCAUGCUCGAGAUGGCGUACUGGAUCGGACCGAACCCUGGCCAACCGAGUGGGAGCCAGUACGACCGGUAUCGAGACACGCACACGCUCAACCAUGGCGAGCCAGAUAGAUGGGUCGUGUUUCACUUCCACAUCAACGCGGAUUUUGACAAUUACCCGUACCUGAGAGAAACCAACGGGCAUACUUAUAUCGGUGUGCAAAGCAUCCAAGUCUUCCACGCCCACGAAUCCACCGGCCUUACAAAUGGGGGUGCGUGGCGAGUUCAAGGUAAUAGGAAUUUGGAUACGCGGGUUGAAAGAGACGGCUUCGUAUGCCCAGAAGACGAGCUAUGGUACAUUGGCACGGAUGAGGGCCUUCCUUCUGGGAGUGAUCAGCUUCAGCAAAACCUGCGGCAAUGGGCCCAGAACCUAUUCAAUGACGGCUAUUUGUCAAGUGAGAGUAUUGCACUCAUCAUGCGGAACCUGGUAUUCUACAACAAUGGUGAAAUCAACGUUCACGAUAGCUCAACUGCGGAUUUCAUGGGAUAUUGGGAUCGAAACCCAAGAUACCAGCAAUCUAUGUACACCAUCAAUUGGUUCCGCAGAUAUGACCAGACUGGACAUUACGACUUUGUAUUAUCACCGUCGGAACCACCCCCGCAGAACCCUGGAACAUAAAAGAGGAAGAAUAUUGAUGAUCCGAAGAAAGAGCGAAAAGCGGAAUAACGAAGUGUCGUUCUAGCCCUCGUGCAAGCAUCCAUGUGAAUGGUGGGGGUACCCAAACAUAGUAAAGAAAAAGGCAAAAAUAG